AUGUGGUUGGUAAUUAUUCUUUACACAUUAUUUUUAUAUAUUAUUUAUCGUCUCAUCAAAUUCUGGAUCAUUAAUCCAUGGAGAGUUCAACGAGAUUAUUCGAAUCAAGGUAUUCCUGGACGAUAUAUACCAAUAGUUGGUGAUAUAUUACGUCAACGCCGAGCCUAUCUCGCCGAUGAACCAUUCAGCUAUGUUAAAGAGACAACUGCUGAAUUUGGUGAUUACUAUCAUACAUCAUUCGGUCCAUUUCCUUGUUUGAAUAUAAGUGAUCCGGCACUGAUAGAAAGUAUUUUAAAAAUAAAUAGUCGAUUCUAUCAUAAAUCUGAACUUUCAAGAGCCAUUGCUUCAACCGUAUUGGGCUAUGAAAAUAUUGUAUUGGCCGAAGACGAAAAUCAUACACGACAUCGACGAUUAAUUAAUCCAAUUUUUCAACAUCAAAAUAUCAAUUCAAUGAUAUCACUCAUAGUUGAUAUUACAUCAAGUUUUUUGACAAAAUGGCAAAUCAACACAAUUGAUAAAGCUUAUCCAUUGAUAUUGGACAUAUCGAAAGAGAUGUCAAAUCUAACAUUGGAUAUUAUAACUGGUUGUGUAUUUGGUAUCGAAGCAAUGCAAGAUAUAUAUACUCAUGAAACAAUCUAUCAAAGUAUCAGAGUAGCGGCAAAUGAAAUAGAAAAACGAAUCUACAAUAUGAUUAUUAUUAUUCCAAUUCUUAAUCAAUUACCAUUAUUUGGGAAAAGACGUAUUGAUCAGUGCAGACAAGAUAUGAAAAAAAUUGUUCUGCAAAUGAUAAAUCUGCGAAAAUACGGUUUAUCAAGAGCAACUUGUAAAGGUGUAUUAUUGUUCCUUUUUUUUUUAAUCUUGACUCAUUUUCAUUAA